GCGGCCCGGAGGCGCUGCGGGCACCGGCCCCGCGCACCACGGCGCAGGCUCCGCACGGAGCAGGCGCGUCAGCGGAGCUCGGCGGCGGCGCGGGCGGCGGGACCAGCUCCCCGCUCCCCGCUCUGCGCCCGCGGCUCCCGGGCAGCCAGCGCCGUCUGGGCCCCGUGCCGCCGGGUCCUGGCCUGGCGGCUGGAGGCGGGGGAGCCUUGGAUCCACCUCCUGAAAUAUAACUUUUCAGGAUGAAGUUUUUACCGGCGAUUGCCUUUUUUAUUUUAAUUUCCUUGUGGGUUGAAGAAGCCUAUUCUAAAGAGAAGUCUUCAAAGAAGGGGAAAAAGAAGCAGUAUCUAUGCCCAUCCCAGCAGUCACCAGAGGACCUAGCCCGAGUCCCUGCCAACUCCACUAGCAAUAUCUUGAAUAGGCUACUAGUCAGUUAUGAUCCCAGGAUAAGACCAAAUUUCAAAGGUAUUCCUGUUGAUGUAGUUGUAAACAUUUUUAUCAACAGUUUUGGAUCCAUUCAAGAGACAACAAUGGACUAUAGAGUUAAUAUUUUCCUGAGACAAAAAUGGAAUGAUCCAAGGCUGAAGCUCCCCAGUGAUUUUAGGGGCUCAGAUGCCCUGACAGUGGAUCCCACCAUGUACAAGUGUCUGUGGAAACCAGAUUUGUUUUUUGCCAAUGAAAAAAGUGCCAAUUUUCAUGAUGUAACCCAGGAGAAUAUCCUCCUCUUUAUUUUUCGGGAUGGAGAUGUCCUUGUCAGCAUGAGGUUAUCUAUUACUCUUUCAUGCCCAUUGGACUUGACCUUGUUCCCCAUGGAUACACAACGCUGCAAAAUGCAACUUGAGAGCUUUGGUUACACAACUGAUGAUUUACGAUUUAUCUGGCAGUCAGGGGAUCCUGUUCAGUUAGAAAAAAUUGCCUUGCCUCAAUUUGAUAUUAAAAAGGAAGAUAUUGAAUAUGGUAACUGUACAAAAUACUAUAAAGGCACUGGGUACUACACCUGUGUGGAAGUCAUCUUCACCCUGAGGAGACAGGUUGGGUUUUACAUGAUGGGCGUCUAUGCCCCGACCCUGCUGAUCGUGGUUCUCUCCUGGCUUUCCUUCUGGAUCAACCCGGACGCCAGUGCUGCCAGAGUGCCGCUGGGUAUCUUUUCAGUACUCAGUUUGGCCUCUGAGUGCACAACCCUUGCUGCUGAACUUCCCAAAGUCUCCUACGUGAAGGCUCUUGAUGUAUGGCUCAUUGCUUGUCUUCUCUUUGGGUUUGCUUCCCUCGUGGAGUAUGCUGUUGUCCAGGUGAUGCUAAAUAACCCCAAACGAGUUGAAGCAGAAAAAGCCAGAAUUGCUAAGGCUGAGCAAGCAGAAGGAAAAGGUGGAAAUGCCAUUAAAAAGAAUACUGUAAAUGGUACAGGGACUCCGGUUCAUAUUAGCACUUUGCAGGUUGGUGAGAACAGAUGCAAAAAAGUUUGUACUUCUAAGUCUGACCUGAGAUCUAAUGACUUCAGCAUUGUGGGAAGCUUACCAAGAGAUUUUGAAUUAUCUAAUUAUGACUGCUAUGGGAAACCUAUCGAAGUGAACAAUGGACUUGGGAAAUCUCAGGCAAAAAGCAACAAGAAGCCUCCCCCCGCCAAACCCGUUAUUCCAACAGCAGCAAAGAGAAUUGACCUUUAUGCAAGAGCGUUGUUUCCUUUCUGCUUCUUGUUCUUCAAUGUUAUAUAUUGGUCUGUAUAUUUAUGAUACAUUUUUCCCAUUUCUAUAAAAAACAAUCCCAUUUCAUUGUGACCAACCUCACUCAUCAAUGCCAAUCUAUGAAAAUAUAUUGCAUUUGGAUGCCAUUUGAUUGUUAAAAAAACAAAAACAAAUGUGGCACCUUAAUUUUGAAUGGCAGCAUGGUCUUGUUACAUAUGCUCUGAACAUGAUGUAUAUAUGUAUAGCAAACAUAUUGCUUUAGGAAUAAAUGAAGGGUAAGCAUACUACAUAAAAUAAAACUCAAAUAAUUCUCUGCAGUUAGUGUAAAUUGCAAAUACUUAAGAUAAUUCUGAUAAAAUGACAUGCACGCUGAAUCCUGUUAUGAUCACCAUUCUAAGAUAUGUAGUAUUUCAAAUUUCCUUCCUUGUAACUUUCAGAGAAAGCCGUUGUAUUCUUGUAUAAUUUUUGAUGGUUUUAUCACAGAUUAAGCAAAAUUAUAUUACAUAUUAUUUAAACUUUGUAAGUAGAGGUAUAUCAGCUAUAAUUAUGUGGGCUCUGUGGAGAAAUAAAGUUUAGAAAUUUA